AAAGCACAAGCCAACCAUCCAUACCAGCCAACGUAUUUUCUUACGUCAAGUAAUUGAGUCAAUAAAAAAUAAACAUCAAACAAAACAUACCUUCGCCAUCGCCGGAAGAUUUUUGAUAACGUGCUUGUAAUAAAAAUUAAACUUUUGUUGUGAUUGUGAAUUUAGUAGGUACCUAUAUGCAGCAAAAAUGGUGAAGCUUACAAACGAGUUAAUACAAAAUUCCAUGCAGUAUAUGAAUCCUUGCAGAGAUCGCGAGUUGGAUCUUAGAGGUUAUAAAAUCCCACAAAUUGAAAAUUUGGGAGCGACGUUGGAUCAAUUUGAUACAAUAGAUUUUUCUGACAACGACAUCAGAAAGCUUGAUGGAUUUCCUUUAUUGAAAAGGCUAAAAUGUAUGUUAUUAAACAACAACAGAAUUGUACGAAUUGGCGAGAACUUAGAACAAUAUAUACCAAACUUGGAGACCCUUGUUUUAGCAAAUAACAACAUAACAGAGCUGGGUGAUCUCGAUCCAUUGGCAACUUUGCCGAAAUUACGUACUCUAUCGCUAAUGCACAAUCCAGUUGCUAAUAAACAACACUACAGAGCAUAUAUUGCUUUCAAGCUGCCAGGUCUAAGACUAUUAGAUUUCAGAAAAAUCAAGCAGAAAGAGAGAGAUGACGCCAAUACACUCUUCAAGAGCAAGAAAGGGAAAGAAAUUCAGAAGGAAAUAACCAGGAAGGCUAAAACAUUUGUUCCUGGUGGAAAUGUGCCUGAUCCUAAAGUUACCAAUCUCACUCCACAAGAGAUCCACAAAAUCAGAGAGGCAAUCAAAAACGCGUCAUCCUUGCAAGAGGUGGAGAAGUUGACAAGAAUGCUGCAGUCAGGGCAGAUACCUGGACAGAAGCCAUUGCAGCCACAGUCACAGAACAAUGGCCAACAAGAGGAUGAUGAAGAGAUGGAAACAGAUCAAACCAAUGGCCAAUGAAGUAAGAAUUGACCAGCAAAGCUGUCAAAAAGCUGACAAGAUAGAUACUAUGGUUUUACUUUUAGUUUUGUAGCAGAUAAGAGUCAAUUUAUGUUAAGCUGUUUAGAACUGAUUACUACACUUGGUACUGGUGGAACAGAUACUACAUGGGUACUUCUGGCUGGACUAACAAUAAAAAUCAGGCAGAUGUCAGCUGUUUUAGGCAUCUAGACAUCCACUUGACUUAAAAAAAUCGAGAUUAUUGGUAGUGCAGAAACAGGGAACUGAAGUUGAUUAACUCAGAAAAGAACAGAACUCACUAUGUCACGGUACCAAGCUAUAUUAACUUAUUAGUAAUUAAAUUUGUGAAGCGUAUUUUAAAUAAACCACAAUUUUAAAA